AUGCGAAUCGACCAAUGGAUUAAGAGGGUUUUGCAGAAAUCUGAUCUCGCAUGGCGGAUGAUGAAUUGGUCUAUUGAAUUAUCACAAUUUGACGUACGUUAUGAACCACGCUCAGCCAUCAAGGCUCAAGCAAUGGUAGACUUUCUGGCAGAGAUGAUGCACCCUGACUUCGACACACCGACAUGGAAGCUUCACUUGGAUGGAGCUUCCAAUAUCCGGUACGGGAGAGCAGGUCUCAUCCUAAUCAAAGGAGAAGACACGGAGGUGCUUAUAGAGCCUACUGUGAUGAAACCUGACGUUCCGACAUUUUGUUCAUCCACUGUCAACACAUGGAUGAACCCAAUUUGUGUAUCUCAAUCGCUAUUGAAAUGUCUGAAUGACCAACAAACGAUAUAUGUGUUGCCGAAAGUUCAUGAAAGUUACUUUGGACAUCACUUAGUGGAGAAAUUGUUGGCACAAAAAGUCGUCAGAGCUGGAUACUACUGGCCGACGCUCAUCAAAGAUGCUAUGAAAUAUGUGAAAAAAUGUGAUAGAUGUCAGCAACACAGCAACCUCCACCAGGCGCCUCCCCAUGAGUUCGUGUCCAUUAUUCCAACGCGGCCAUUUGCCAAAUGGGGGUUAGAUUUAUUGGGACCUUUCCCACAAGGGUUUGGCCAGGUGAAAUAUCUUAUAGUUGCUAUAGAUUAUUUUACCAAGUGA